CUACUGGAAUGUUUCAAGACUGAAACGGAGAAAUUGUGUGGCUGCACUUAUCGUCGGCUGGCUCUGAUGUAUGAUGGCACGCCUUGCCAGUAUGACUCACAAAUAUACUGCUUAGGAGUUAAAGAAGAUGACGUGUUUAAUAUGUGUAAUCCUCAAUGUCCAAUGGCAUGCAGUAAAGUUCAAUUUGAAUAUGUUGCUACAGAUGCCGAACCACUUAGGCAGGUAAUUAACGAAUCUUCACUAUAUGAAAGAAUGCAAGUGCGUAAAAUUUUUAAAUCUCAUGAAGAAAUGAGCAAGAAUAUGGCUUGCAUGAGGCUCCACUAUGGAUCCACUGAAACAAGAACUCUGGCACAUCAUCCGAAAUAUGAGGUAAUGUUUCUUUUGCUGUUUUGCCUCUUAUUACAGCAUGGAAUUAUAAUUAGAAUCCUAAUAAUAUUUGAUAAUGUAUUUAAAAUAUUUAAUAAUAUUUAAAUACAUUUGUAUUUAAAAACUGUAACAUUAUUUAAAUCCUCUAAAUGAGAUCUUUGUGACAACGCCAAAACUAUGAAUUUGUUAAAUCAUUGUUUUAAGAAAGUUAAAUGUUUGGAAACUCUGAGGAAAAUAAGGUUUGUUCUUUUAUUACUACUAAUAAUUUAAUUACGUAUUUUUGAGGCAUCUUUAUAGCUUCUAUCUUCUAUCUAUCACCAUGAAAAGAAAGUAUUAGUAUUUCUGUAGUGCCUGGUCCUCCGAAACUGUAACCCUGAAAAUAGGUAGCGCCCUCUAGGCGGAAAAACGGUAAGUUGGAGACUGGCUUUCGGUGAGAGAGGCCGAUUGCUCAGUAUACUCAGUGUGGUAACUUUAUAAAUUUAACAAUCCUACCUUUUUAUAUAUUUCUAUUUGUACAAAGUAUAUAUAGUUUACGUUGAUGGUGUGAAUAAAUUAAAAGAUAAAUCUGAGUCUAUUAAUUACGCCACCGGACACGGCUGCAUUUUACAAUUUCCUUCUUCUCGAGAAAACAACAGCUGUUGUUUUCCUCUUCCACUUCUUCCAUGCUGUGAUAAAACAAAUAUAAUCGUUAAGUGACGAAUGAGAUCUGAAAAAUUUAUAAGUGCCUUGCCUUUCUAGUUCACGUUUAUGAUUGCGUUUGUUGUAUCAAGAUCAUGUGACCAUAAAGCGAAAAGAAUAUAUAGUGAAUCUAAUGUUAAAAGCUAAUUUUGUAGUCUGUUAUACUAACGAAUGCAUUUCUUCUAACUUCUCUUACUUUUCACCAGAAAAUUAUCUUCAGACUUUCCUUCUUCCAUUCGUUUCAACUUGGAUCAACAGAACCUCU